AUGCUCCGCUCCACCAAAGGCGCCUCCAAGGCGCGGCGGGACCAGAUCAACGCCGAGAUCCGCGCCCUGCGGGACCUCCUGCCGCUGCCCGAAGGCGACCGGCCGCGCCUCUCCUACCUGCACGUCAUGGCCCUCGCCUGCAUCUACACCCGCAAGGGAGCCUGCCUCCGGCCCGGUGCGUCCGCGGGAAGCGCGGCCCAACGCGGGGAGGGACCCAUGGAGCUGCUGGGGGGGCCGGAGCUGGCCGACCUGGUGGCAUCACUGCCCGGGUUCCUGUUGGCUGUCACCCGUGAGGGGAAGCUGGUUGGUGUCACCGACAACGUCGCCCAGCACCUGGGGCACUCCCAUGACCUGGUGGCUCAGGGUGACAGCAUCUACGACCUGUUGGAUCCGGCCGAUCACCCCCUGGUGCGACAUCAGCCUCACCCAGGCCGGCCCCCCCCAGAGCGCCUCUUCCGCUGCCGCUUCACCACCUCGCGGGCCUCGCGCCGCCCCAGCGCCGGGCGGAAGCUGGUGCUGCUGCGGGGCCGGUUCCAGGCCCCCCCCGGCCCCCCCGGCACCUCCCCGGGGCUGUUUGUCGCCUUCUGCGCCCCCCUGGACCCCCCACCCUGGCCCUGUCCCGACUGUCUCCUGCUGCCGGCAUUCCAGAGCCGCCAUGCACGCGACCUCGCGCUGCUCGACGUGUCCGACAGUGUCCUGAUCCACCUGGGCUACGGGCGUGGGGAGCUCCUGGGUCGCUCCUGGUACCGGCUCCUGCACCCCGAGGACCUUGGCCAUGUUGCCCGCCAGCACCUCCGCCUGGCAGGAGCAGGGCCAGAGGCGCGAGGGGAGCUGGUGACACGGCUGCAGCGCAAGGACGGCCUGGGCUGGACGUGGGUCUACGCGCGGCUGCGCCCCGAGGGCCCGGCUCUGCUCGCCCACAACUUCAUCAUCAGUGAGGCCGAGGCCUGGUGCCUGCGGCAGCAGUUGGCGGCUGAGGCCCCCCCGGACCCUCCCGAGCCCUUCGGCCCCAGCCUUGACUUCCCUGGGGCCAGCAUUGGAGCUGGUGGGGACCUUGGUGUCAGCGCUGGCCCCGGUGUUGGCCUCGGUGUUGGUCCUGGUGUUGGAUCCGGUGUUGACCUCGGUGUUGGAUCUGGGCUUGGAGACGACAUUGGAGUUAAUGUUGGCGUCAGCGUUGGCCUUGGCCUUGGGGUCAAUGUUGGAUGUGGCCUUGGAGCUGAUGUUGGACAUGGUCUUGGAGCUGGCUUGGGAGCCAACGUUGACCCUGGUCUUGGAGCUGGUGUUGGGCCUGGUCUUGAUGCCAACAUGGGACCUGGUCUUGAAGCCGCCAUUGGUCAUGGUCUUGGAGGCAACGUUGGAGGCAACGUUGGAGCCAACAUUGACCCCGGUCUUGGAGCUGGUGUCGGAGUGAACGUUGGACAUGGUCUCGGAGACAGUGUUGGACAAGGUCUUGGCUCUGAUGUCGGCACUGGAGUUGGCAUCGGUGUCGGAGCCGGCAUCAGAGUCGACGUCGGCCUUGGCAUGGCAGCCGGCACCAGCGCCGAUGUUGGCCCCAACCUUGGGGCUGAUAUUGGAGCUGCUCUUGGAGCUGGAGAUGAUGUUGGAGCUGGUCUCCAAGCCAACGGUGGAGCCAGCGUUGGGUCCAGUCUCGGAGCUGGCGUCGCGCUCAGUGUCGGGGCCAACAUUGGGCCUGGCCUUGGUGGUGGUGUCAGAGCCAGUGUUGGGCUUGGCAUUGGGGCUCUUGGCCCUGCUCUUCCAUCUGAUGUUGGUGCUGGCGUUGGACUCACCGUCGGAGCCAGCGUUGGAACCAAUGUAGGUGCUGGAGUCAGUGCUGGUGUUGGACUUGGUCUUGGAGCCAAUAUUGGAGCCAACGUUGGCUCCAGUCUUGGAUCCACUGUUGGACUUGGACUUGGAGCUGCUCUUGGAGCCAAUGUUGGCUCCACUCUUUCCUCCGGUGUGGGACCUGGUGUUGGACUUGCCGUUGGAGCUGCUGUUGGAGCCAAUGUUGGCUCUGGUCUUGGAUCCAGUGUUGGACUUGCUGUUGGAGCUGGUGUUGGAGCCAAUGUGGGUGCUGCUCUUGGAUCCGAUAUUGACAUUGGCGUUGGACUUGGUGUUGGAGCCAAUGUUGGCACUGCUCUCGCAUCUGAUGUUGGAUCUGGUGUUGGACUUGGCAUUGGAGCUGCUGUUGGAGCCAACAUUGGUGCUGGCGUUGGCUCCACUCUUGGAUCUGGUGUCGGACUUGGCCUCGGAGCCAAUGUUGGUUCCAACAUUGGCUCCGCUCCUGGAUCUGAUGUUGGUGCCAGUGUUGGACUCGCUGUUGGAGCCGGCGUUGGAGCCACCGGUGGCUCUGGUCUUGGAUCUGCCCUUGGAUUUGCUGUUGGAGCUGCGCUUGGAGCCAACGUCUGCUCCGGACUUGGACCCGAUGUUGGUGCCACUGUUGGACUCAGCCUUGGAGCCAACAUUGGAGCCAACAUUGACUCUGCUCUUGGAACCAGCGUUGACACCGGCAUUGGACUUGGUGUUGGAGCCAGUAUUGGAUCUGGCAUUGGAUCCGGUGUUGGACUUGGUGCUGGAGCCGCCAUUGGUGCCAGCGCUGGCUCUGCUCUUGGAUCCACCAUCGGCCUUGGCCUUGGGGCCAAUGUUGACCCCGCUCUUGGACCUGGCGUUGGCCUCGGAGCUGCCAUCGGAGCCAACAUCAGCACCGGCCUUGGCCUUGGCCCCAACCUGGCUGUGGGCGCCCGCCUUGUGCCAGCGCCGCCCUUCGCCUUCGGCCCCCCGGAGCCACCUGAGGCUGCGCCCGAGAAGCUGCCGCCGAGUCCUGAGAGCCCCGGGGGGCAGCCAGGGGGGGACCCCGGCACCCUUCUCACCCCCGAGACGUCCCCCCCGCCGCCGCCCCCCCCGGCCGCCCCCCCCGGCCCUGUCCUGCGCCGCCUGCUCCAGGGCCUGGCCGCCGCCACCGGUGUCAGCCGCGGGGGGACCCGGCACCCCGGGGGCACCCCCGGCCCCCGGCCCCCCCCACCCCGGUCGCCCCGCGACCCCUUCGCUGAGUUGUAUCAACUCCCCCAGAGCCGCCUCCAGGACGCCUUCCGCCAAGCCGGAAGCCAGCGCGCCCCGUCGUUCUGA